CCAUCUCCGAGGUUCUCAUUCUGGUGGGAGGGGGGCCGGACCCCCGAAGUUGCCGUGGGCGGAGAGGACUCGGGCACCGGGGAGGCUCAAGAGUUCCCUCGCUGGGAACCCCCUACCACAGCAAAGGCCGGAGAGGCUGGCGCGGGGCUGGACCGAGGGGGUGGAGACUAGGUGGGCGGGGCUCCGCAGACACCGCCCCCGCCUACCAGCGCGGUCCGCGCGUCUCCCAAGUCUGCGAGGCCGCGGUGGGCGCGGAGAACCAAGCGCCACAGCCCGCGCGCCCCGCCGAGCCCGGCCUGCCCCGGGGUCUAUGGGGCCACCCCUCUGCGCCGCCCGGCCGGCCCCACGCCGCGCCCGGAGCCUGCCCCGCGGCCAGCAGGUCUCCCGGGGGCCCCCUCGGGCACCGAGCGCUGCCUCUGGCUCCUUUCCGCGGCAGAAAACGCGGGUCUCGACUCGCGCAGGCUGCUCUGAGCCCGCCUGAGCCCGCCCCCGCGGAGAUGGCGGCCCCCUACCCCAGCAGUGGCGGCGGAGGCGAGGUCAAGUGCGGGGGAGGUCGUGGCCGCAGCGUCUCGUGGGACUUUCUGCCCGGGCUGGUGGUCAAGGCCCCGCCCGGACCCUGCCUGCAGGCGCAGCGCAAGGAGAAGUCCCGGAACGCGGCGCGCUCGCGGCGCGGAAAGGAGAACCUGGAGUUCUUCGAGCUGGCCAAGCUGCUCCCGCUGCCCGGAGCCAUCUCGAGCCAGCUGGACAAGGCGUCCAUCGUGCGUCUCAGCGUCACCUACCUCCGCCUGCGCCGCUUCGCAGCCCUCGGGGCGCCGCCCUGGGGACUGCGGGCCGCGGGGCCACCGGCCGGCCUCGCCCCAGGCCACAGGGGCCCCGUGGCGUUGGUCUCUGAAGUCUUCGAGCAGCACCUGGGAGGACACAUCUUGCAGUCGCUGGAUGGCUUCGUGUUUGCCUUGAACCAGGAAGGGAAGUUCCUCUACAUCUCCGAGACCGUCUCCAUUUAUCUGGGUCUCUCACAAGUGGAGCUGACGGGUAGCAGCGUCUUCGACUACAUCCAUCCCGGGGACCACUCCGAGGUGCUGGAGCAACUGGGGCUCCGCGCCCCGACCCCCGGGCCCCCCACCCCGCCCUCCGUUCCCUCCUCUUCCUCCUCCUCGUCUUCCUCCUCGCUUGCGGAUACCCCUGAGAUAGAGGCCAGCGCCGCCGAGGUGCCUCCCUUCUCCCGCGUCCAGGAGCGCUCCUUCUUCAUCCGCAUGAAAUCUACCCUCACCAAGAGGGGGCUGCACGUCAAGGCCUCGGGGUACAAGGUCAUCCACGUCACUGGGCGCCUUCGGGCCCGCUCCCUGGGCCUUGUGGCUUUGGGUCACACGUUGCCCCCGGCCCCACUGGCUGAGCUGCCGCUCCACGGACAUAUGAUCGUCUUCCGUCUCAGCCUGGGUCUCACCAUCCUUGCUUGUGAGAGCAGAGUCAGCGACCACAUGGACCUGGGGCCCUCAGAGCUCGUGGGUCGCAGCUGCUACCAGUUUGUCCACGGACAGGAUGCGGCCAGGAUCCGCCAGAGCCACCUGGACCUGCUGGACAAGGGGCAGGUGAUGACCGGUUACUACCGUUGGCUGCAGCGGGCUGGGGGCUUUGUGUGGCUGCAGUCUGUGGCCACCGUCGCUGUGAGCGGGAAGAGCCCCGGGGAGCGCCACGUGCUCUGGGUCAGCUAUGUGCUCAGCCAAGCCGAGGGUGGCCAGACCCCUCUGGAUGCCUUCCAGCUUCCAGCCAGUGUGGCCUGUGAGGACGCAUCCAGCCCCGAGCCAGAGCCCACAGAUGGGAAGACUGAGGGCUGCGGACGCACAAACCAGCACCCUUCAUAUCUCCCUCUUCCAGAGCCAGAGCCUGCAGUGGAAAGGAAGCAGGCUGCCCCCAUAGACAAGGAUGAGGCCCCCCGGAGCCGGGGCAAACGCAUCAAAGUGGAGCCUGGCCCAGGGGAGGCUAAAGACCCGGAGGACAGUGGGGACGAGGAGCCGUCUAGCCACCCGGCCCUGCCACGGCCCGAGUUUACUUCUGUCAUCCGGGCAGGGGCCCUGAAACAGGACCUGGUGCGGCCCUGGGGCCUGGGGCCUCCUGGGGACCCCCCACCUUCCCUCCUCCACGCGGGCUUCCUGCCCCCCGUCGUGCGGGGCCUCUGCACGCCCGGCACCAUCCGCUACGGCCCUGCGGAGCUGGGGCUCAUGUACCCGCACCUGCAGAGGCUGGGCCCAGGCCCCGCCCUCCCUGAGGCCUUCUACCCCACCCUGGGCCUGUCGUACCCGGGGCCCACGGGCACCAGGGUGCAGCGGAAGGGGGACUGAGGACUGGAGGGCUGCCUACAGAGCCGGACCCUGAGGGACGGGUGGGGCCCCAAGGGCACUGUGUCGGAGGCCCGGAAAAUUAAACACCUUC